AUGAAGUACGUUUUGGUUUCUGGAGGUGUGAUCAGUGGAAUUGGCAAAGGAGUCAUCGCCUCGAGCUGUGGACUUUUGUUGAAGACCAAGGGAUUCAAGGUGUCUUCAAUCAAGAUAGACCCCUACUUGAAUAUUGAUGCUGGGCUGAUGGCUCCGGCCGAGCACGGAGAAGUCUUUGUCCUUGACGAUGGCGGCGAAACCGACCUUGACCUGGGGAACUACGAGCGCUAUCUCAAUGUCACCCUGACCCGCGAUAAUAAUAUCACAACUGGGAAGAUGUACCAAAGCGUUAUAGCAAAAGAAAGAGCGGGAAAAUACAUUGGCAAAACCGUGCAAAUGGUACCCCAUCUUACGGAUGAGAUACAAGAGACUAUCGAAAGGGUUGCACGUGUGCCAGUCGACGACACGAACGAAAAGCCGGAUGUUUGCAUCAUAGAGCUUGGUGGAACUGUCGGCGACAUAGAGAGUACAGUGUUUGUUGAGGCUUUGAGAAGGUUACGGAGGACAGUGGGCAAGGACAACUUCCUGCAGAUACAUGUCUCUCUGGUUCCGGAUAUACAUGGCGAGUUGAAGAGCAAACCGACCCAGGCCGCUAUUCGAGAUGUGCGAAGCCUAGGCUUGAGUCCAGAUCUCAUUGCAUGUCGGUGUUCGAAACCCUUGGACCAAAAGCUCAUAGACAAAAUAGCUUUGUAUUGCGACGUCGAACCGAGUCAGGUCGUGUCCGUGACGGAUGUCUCCUCUCUCUACCGUGUGCCUCUACUACUGGAGUCCCAAGGUCUGACCGACCAACUCAUUGACGUCCUCCGGCUGAAGCAGAGCGUUAUAUCAUCAUCGCUGGUAACGAGAGGGGUCCAAACCUGGAACGCAUGGAAAGAACUCACUAUAUCCCGAGAUCAUUUCUUCAAAGAAGUUCGGAUCGUUCUGGUCGGGAAGUAUACUGAUCAUCCGGAUGCUUACCACUCGGUUUUCAAAUCUCUCGAGCAUGCUGCCAUGGCCUGCUCAAGAAAGCUAGUCCGGAUAGAUGUCCACAGCGGACAUCUCGAAGCCGCCGCUGAAACCGAAUCACCCGUGGCAUAUCACAAAGCGUGGCAUCAAGUGUACACCGCGGAUGGUGUGUUGGUGCCUGGCGGCUUUGGUGUACGCGCCUGUGAGGGAAUGAUUUCCGCAAUCAAAACCUGCCGUGAGAAGAACACCCCUUUCCUCGGCAUAUGUCUUGGUCUACAGCUUGCCGCGAUCGAGUUUGCAAGAAACAAGUGUGACUUGCCCCAAGCGGACAGCACCGAAUUUAACAGUGACGCGGCCGUUCCUCUAAUCAUCGAAAUGCCUGAGAUAGACAAGACUACCAUGGGCGCUACCAUGCGUUUAGGAAACCGUGCCACUCACUUUUUACCAGGCUCUGAAUGGUCAAAGAUCUAUAAUCUCUAUCGGAACGAUCCUGGCUCCUCGAUGCCUACUGCAAACGGUACUUCCCCGUUUGAUGCCUCGAACAGCGACGACACAUCUUCAGCCACCAAAGACAUUCCAAACCACAAUCCUACCGCGAACGGCACUGCGGUACAAGAGCCUUCCACAACAUCAGAUCCCAGUCCUCUAAUCAUCAAUGAACGUCACCGUCACCGCUGGGAAGUCAACCCUGCUUACGUUGAAAAGUUGGAGAGCGCUGGCAUGAACUUUAUCGGACGCGAUGACAGUGGCAAACGGAUGGAGAUUCUCGAACUCAAAGACCAUCCAUUUUUCGUUGGAGUCCAAUUCCACCCAGAGUAUUUGUCAAGAGUCUUGAGGCCCAGUAAGCCAUUCCUCGGAUUUGUGGCUGCGAGCGCAGGUAUCUUGCCUGAGAUCAUUAACGGCAAAGGGAGAAGGGCUAGCUCGAUGGGAAAUGGGGAGCCAUGA